ACAGACAUUUUGUGCUUAUUGAUAGUAAGAGUUACGACGAAAUUGGUCGAAAUCAUGGCUCUAACUAUUUCUGCGGUAAAUGCUUUAGAUGAUAAACAGUUUGAAUCUAUUUUUGGUAAUGUUAUAGAAUUAUGUAUUGACGCUGCCGUGCAAGUGCGUAAAAAGAAACCUUUUAAAAGCUUGGUCGCUUUAUGUGAAGCAUUCAGUCAAUAUUUGGAUGGACUUAGUGAAGCAGAAAAAUUGGUGGUGCUUAGACUACAUCCAGACUUAGCCGGUCGCUUAUCGUCACAGGGCGAGCUCACCCGUGAGUCUACCGCGGAACAGAUGAGCGCUGGCCUCCUAGAUCUUACUAAUGGGCAGAAGACUAUAAUAAAUACUAAUAACGAAGCGUACAAAACGAAGUUCGGAUUCCCAUUUAUAAUAUGUGCAAGAGAGAAUAAAGUACAAUCUAUCAUUGAGGGUCUACAACGGCGGUAUAACAACACACGAGAACAGGAAAUUAGUAUUGGAAUCAAUGAAGUCAAGAAGAUUUGCAAACUGAGGAUACUUGACAUAGCAAGAGAUUGAUAAUUUUACAUUUCCAUUAUCUUUUUUUAGUCUACUUGGUUUCCAGCUCAGUAAAGAAAUGUUUUGAGUC